AUGCCGCAUAUCGCUGACACACCGGAGUCUAUCGUAUCCCACUCGGAUUCGAAGAAUCCAGCAACAACAUGCAGAGGCAUCACCUCCAACGGCCUACCAUGUCGCCGUGGACUGGCAUCGUCAACAUCACCUCAAAGAAACGCGACCAAAACGAGAGUACAGCCAGGCAUAGACAUAACUGCGUUCUACUGCUGGCAGCAUAAAGAUCAAGCGGAGUCAAUCUUGCGCCGGACGACAUGGGCAUCAGAACCCGGGCAGAAGCCACCGAGAUCAAGCAUUGACACAUUAAUGGAUCGCCUCGGCGUCCUCGAAAUCAAUGAUACGCAAUAUGCCCGGCCUCCUCAGAAACCUAAGCCAAAAAAGCAAAUCAAACGUUCAUUUUGCUGCUUUGAUAUCAUUGAAGAUGAUGAGCCAUUACCUUCGAAACCAAGCCGUCCCAGUGCAGAAACAAGCUCGUAUGGAAAACCUACUAAGCCCCAACAAAUGCAGCAAGUAUCAUCACUUGCACCAGCUAGAUCUGUUGCAAAACCAAAGGCCAAUGCGAAGCCGAAGUUGAAGCCGGAGCCACAAAAUCAAGCACCUUCUUCGACAUCUAGUGCCCAAACGAACUCGCUUCUCGCAUGGAUUCCUGCCUCACUUUCACCACAAACAACCUCACUCCUCUUAACCGAACUCGCAAAGCCAAUAUCUUCGGCGGAUGAGCCAGGUUACAUCUACAUGUUUUGGAUUACCCCUUCAAGAUCAAACAAAUCCCAACCGCCACCUGUGGACGUCGCGACUUCUCUUAUCCCUGUCUCCGCGACGCACACGGAGACCAUCGACCAGAUCCGACGUACCAGCACCGCAAUAGCUAAAGCACGGGACCUAAAUGCCCUAACAUCAUCACCUGAUCCAAGCAAAAAGAAUCCAGGCACAGUACGACUGAAAAUCGGGCGAACGACCAAUGUCCAUCGUCGUCUUAACGAGUGGACAAGACAAUGCUCCAAUCAUCUGACCUUGAUUCGGUACUAUCCGUACACCUCAUCAUCCUCUCGUCGACGUCAGGGCCGAGACGCGAAUGGUGCUACGGAGGCACUUGGUUUCGAGCCAGGCCAGAAAGUGCCGCAUGUCCAUCGCGUGGAGAGGCUCAUCCAUCUUGAGCUGGCCGAUAUUAGGGCGCGGGAUCUAGGCGUGUGUCUGGAGUGCGGGAAAGAGCAUAGGGAGUGGUUUGAGGUUGCGGCUGAACGGACAGCGCUCAAAAGGGUUGACGAAUGUAUUCGGCGAUGGGUGCGUUGGGCACAAAGUCAGUGA